AUGGCUGUGGCAUGGGCAGAUACAUCCACAGCUGUCGUAGUUGAUAAAGUCUGCCGUCGAAGUCCAGGAGCCAAAUACUGCCUCACACAUUCGUCGAGAAGCGCGUCGAAACCCCAGAGGCCAAUAACCGCGUUGCAAGAUCGUCGAGAAAUCCUCAUCAACUCUCUCAGAUGUUUCUUGCUGCUACUGAAAUUUCCACUGCCAGCUCUGCGGACGAAUAUGCCGAAGUUCUUGGACCGGCUUUUUAUAUUUUUGGCUGAUUACACAGCAUUCACUACUGCUGGUCAUGCAGCAGAAUAUGCUCAAAAUUCACUAGAGGUUUCGCAAUUAGUUUUCAAGGCAUUCACGCAGAUAAUCAAAGAUGCGCCGAAUUUUUUGCUCACUGCAAAACGCUUACAGUUACUUUUAACUUAUGCUGAAACUGAUGUCUUUGAUAGCCAGAAGCAGGCCGUAGCAUUCCCAUUAAUAAAAGCAAUUAUUAUCCGUAAACUUCAGGAUCCAAAGGUAUGUCCUGUUGAUGAGUAUGGCGCUACAUACGGAUUUAUUAAUAAUGCAGAGAAAACAAUUAGCAUUAUCCAUAAAAUCGUUCUGGCUAUGUGCAGCGAGUGCUGGAGAUGA